GAAAGGCGUUUUCCCGUUAAAACGUGGGGGCUCAACCGGGAUACAAUCCCAAAGCCGGCAGUAUAAAUUACCUGCAUAACUGAUCCACGCGCUGUGUGGUGAGCGAGAAACACUCUUUUGUUUCAACCGAACGUGAUACUGCAUUAUUCGAGCUUGUUUUGUCUGCUCAAGUAUAGAGCACUACACAUUUGAUACACUGGGCAACAAAAUUUUCCUGCGGAUCCAGAGAUUGCAUGAGAACAUACAAGGCUUGCGAAAGCCUGUCCAAGGAUCACGUCGCAAACUUUCGCAAUGUCUGGGCCAAGGAACAGCGAUAAUAUUGCAGAUAUUUCCGACUGGGGACUUGAUCAACGAUUGCAAGGUGCGCCCAAUGUUUGGUCAUCGACAGCCAUGGAGCCAAACCAGUACAGCCGUCCACUAUCGAGACUUGUCCCAAGGCCUCCUAUACCAACUUUAGGAAAUUCCGGCACUGCUGCGCGAAAUCUGGGUGUCAAUGAGUCAGCAGAGGCUGACGAAUUUCGCGAAUCGAUGGGUGCUGCAAGUUUGGCGAGCUCGUCCGUUCUUGAGCUAAAUAUACCGGAAGACAGGACGGGUGUGAAUCCAUUCCUAAACAUUCCGGAUGGGGUGGGCUCAUCAGCUCCAAGAGUACACUUCGUCGACGAACAACAGAACGCACAAAGAGACCAGUCGGCACUACCCGAUCAACCCCAAAUUUUGCAAGCCCUUGGUGAAAUAACCAAAACUCUUGAAGGAUUCGGAAAUAGGAUUACUGCAAUGGAACAGUGUCAACUUUUGAGCUGGAAUUAUCGUCAACCCACACCACGUCCACCCACACCAGGAGGAUGGCAUCGGCCCAGCGAGAGCAAUCCAUUCCAACAAGACGAUCGGGUCCAACAUCCACCGAGUUGGCCGGGAAACUGCAACAACUACGAAACGCAGCCUACAUCUCGUGGAGGAUCCAGGCAGGUGGACCUUUCGUACGGGGUUGCCCGUUCGGGUAGCAAAAAUGGAACGAGGAGAGGCUACGACAUUACAAAGCCUACAUUCAAUGGCGAUAUCGAAGUACAGCAUCCGAUCGUAUUUCUUCAGGAAGUAGAGCAGUACGUCCUUUCUUCUGGCGUUGAUCCACGAUACAAGAUCCAAUUUGUGAUGUCCUGUUUGGAAGGGGAUGCUCGGGUUUGGGCUAGAGGUUUUAGUUACCUUUUCAUCAACUACGACCACUUCCACAACCACUUUCUUCAGCAAUUUUGGGGUCAAAGGACCCAAAGAUUAGUUCGAGACGAGCUCAUGCAUGGCAACUACAGACAGCGAGACCCAUCAAAAAUGGCAGAAUACUUCCUCGGACUUGUGGCCAAAGCCCGCCAUUUGAGCACAGCACCCCCAGAAGUUGAGCUAGUAUUCCACAUUAGCCAACAUUUCUCGCAAGAUGUUGCUACCAAAUUAGCCACUUGCGUGGAUAUUAAAAGCGCCUUUACACUGCUACAGACGGAAGAUUAUCUUAUCAAUAGCUGCCAAAGAAAUCCUGCCAAUUCCUUUGGAAGACCACGUGUAGAAGGAAGACACACCGUAGAAUCUGCUGGGCCCAGAAAUUGGAGGAAUUCAGCGGAAAAUGGGAGAAACCACGGAAAUCCACAAAGCGACGUGAACAAUCGUGCCGUGAGAGCGACUACUGCUGAAAUCGUGGAUGAAAGCGAGGAUGAUCAUGUUCCCGUUGCCAACAUAUUUGUCGAUUCGGAGGAGCUGUUGUAUGAGCAGACCGAGAGUUACCACGCUGGUAACCCUGUCGAGAGGUCCCCGCUAAUAGCAGUUCAGGUGGAUGGCUUGACCAAACCAGCGUUGAUCGACAGUGGUAGCGAACUUAGCUGUAUAGAUGAAGCUUUGUUCCGCGAACUGAAGACACGAGGUGCUUACUUUGGGGAGCUCCCUGUGCAAAGGACGACAAUACACGGUGCUUUUGGAAGAAAAAAGAAAACAGUUUCCAGCCAAGUUUUCAUACCGGUUCAAGUGCAAGGGGAAUACUUCGACGUAGCUCUGAUCGUGGUUGAGGAGCUCUGUAAUCCGUUGAUCUUUGGGAUGGACACGCUUCACUAUCUCAAAGCACAGCUUGAGUUUGAAUCCCGUGAACUCAAAAUCCAGAUCGACGGGAAAACUUUGAUCUUGCCAUUCCAAGGUAGCGGUACAGGCACAAACGAGUCUAGCGCGGUGAAUGCGGUUGAAGUAGAAUUAGCAACAGAUGACCGAACAGAUAAAGUUGGAGCUUCAUCACCUGUGUUUGGCGAGCUAGAAUUGACCGAGUCGGACGAUUUGCAGUUAAAGGAAUUACUGAUGGAAUUCGAUGAUAUCUUUUCGGAUAGACCGGGACGGUCACACCAAUACGAACACGAGAUACGUGUGAAGGACGACACCGGAUUUGUCCAGAAACAAUACCCGAUCCCAUUCCGGUAUAUGGAUAGCGUGCGGUCACAAGUCAAGAAGAUGGAAGAGUGGGGAGUCAUUUCCAGAGAACCGACCGCCUUCAUAAACCCUCUGGUGGUAACAGCGAAGAAGUCAGGAGAUGUUCGAGUCUGUCUAGAUGCCCGGCGGCUCAAUCGCGUGCUGGAAAGGGACAACGAGAAACCGCCGGAGAUUCAGAAAAUGCUACAAAAGCUUGAAGGUGCUCGGAUUUUCUCUUCGAUAGAUCUGACCAGCUCCUACUGGCAAAUUUCGAUUAAAAAAGAGCAUCGAAAAUACGUGGGAUUUCUGUUUGAUCAGAAGAGCUACGUCUUCAACGUACUGCCGUUUGGGUUGAAUACUGCGGUAGCCAGUUUUUCGAGAGCGAUGGAUCUGAUACUAGGACCCGAAAUUUUGGAAUUUAUAGAAAAGUACCUGGACGACUUGCUAGUGCAUUCAAGGACCUUCCAGGAGCAUCUUCAGCAUCUUCGAACUUUGUUCCAGAAACUUCGUGCAGCAGGACUGACAAUCAGCAAGGAAAAAAGCAAGUUCUGCCGAUCGAGCUUGAAAUUUCUCGGACACAUUGUGGGGAAGGAUGGGGUCUCGAUCGAUCCGGAUAAAUUAUCUGCAAUUGAUAACUACCCGGAACCGGAAGACCUAAAGCAACUCAAGAGUUUUUUGGGCCUAGACGGGUUGGUCGAUUAA